AUGUGUCAGUACUGUACAGGACAGGGCAUGUGUAACGUGAGGAUACUGGGAUGUGUCAGUACUGACAGACAGGGCAGUGUAAUUCGACACACAUCAGACUCCGUGCUGUUCAGAGAUUACAGCUCUGAAAAGAAGAGGAACAUCACAGGUGCAUGGAUUCUGGCAUUCCAGAACUCCCAGGAGGGAAACCCAGUUGCUGGAAGCAGGAUCAGGGAUUCUGGCAUUCCAGAACUCCCAGGAGGGAACCCAGAGUGUCUGGAGCACGGGAUCAGGGAUUCUGGCAUUCCAGAAAACUCCCAGGAGGGAACUCCAGAGUGUCUGGAGCAGGUGCAGGGAUUCUGGCAUUCCAAGAACUCCAGCGGGAACUCCAGAAGGACCCAACCCCAACCCCAACCCCAACCCAACCCCCAACUCCAGACCCAACCCCAAAUCCCACACCCCAACCCCAUCCCAGACCCAUCUUGGCGUCUCAAGCCCCCCAACCCCAGACUCCAGACCCCCAACCCAACCCCCAACCCCAACCAACCCCCCAACACCAACCCCAGCCCCAAACCCCAUAGCCUCAACCCCCUACAGCCCCAGCCCCACACCCCAACUCCCAGACCCCAUCCCCAACCCCAACCCCAAACCCCAAACCCAACCCCCAACCCAAACCCCCAACCCCAACCCCCACACACCAACCCCAGCCUCAACCCCCAGCCCCGCCCAGCAAUCAACCCCAGCCCCAGCCUUCAACCCCCAAGCCUCAACCCCAGCCCACAACCCCAGCCCCAGCCUCACCCCAGCCCCAACCCCAGCCUCAAACCCCCAGCCCACAGCCCCAACCCCAACCCCAAGCCUCCAACCACCCCAGCCCAGCCCCAAACCCCCAGCCCAAGCCACCCAGCCUCAACCCAACCCCAAACCCACACCCCAACCCCAUCCCAGACCCAUCGUUGGCCCAACGCACCCAACCCCAACUCCAGACCCCCAACCCAACCCCAACCCCAACCCAACCCCCAACACCAACCCCAGCCCAACCCCAUAGCCCUCAACCCCCUAGCCCCAGCCCACCACCCCAACUCCCAGACCCCAUCCCCAACCCCCAACCCCAACCCCAAACCCAACCCCCAACCCAAACCCCCAACCCCAACCCCCAACACACCAACCCCAGCCUCAACCCCAGCCCCAGCCCAGCUCAACCCCAGCCCCAGCCUCAACCCCACAAGCCUCAACCCCAGCCCCAACCCCACCCCCACUCCCAGCACCAACCCCAGCCCCAGCCUCAACCCCAGCCUCAUAACCCAGCCCCAGCUCAACCCCUCAGACCCCAACCCCAGCCUCAACCCCCAGCCCCAGCCCCAAGCCUCAAACCCACAGCCCAACCCCAGCCCCAGCCCCAACCCCCAGCCUCACCCCAAACCCCCAGCCUCAACCCCCAAAGCCCCAGCCUUAACCCCCAGCCCCCAACCCCAACCCCAGCCCCAGCCCCCAACCCCAGCCCCAAAAUCCAGCCUCAACCCCCAGCCCCAGCCUCAACCCAGCCCCAGCCGUCAACCCCAGCCCCAAGCCUUCAACCCCAGCCCCGAGCGCCCGGAACCCCAACCCGCAACCCCAGCCCCAGCCUCAACCCCACCCCAACCCCCAACUCCAGCCCCGAACGCCAACCCAACCCCAGCCCAGCCUCCAACCCCACCCCAGACUCGCACCCCAAGCCCCAACCCCAACCCCCAGCCCCAGCCUCAACCCCAAGCCGCAGACCCGCUAACGUCCAGCCCCAGAGACCCCAACUCCGAGCCCGCAACGCCCAACCCCAAGCCCCAGCCCAUCAACCGCAACCCCAACCCCAACUCCAGCCCCAGCCCCAGCCCCAACCCAGCCCCAGCCCCCAACCCCAAACCCAACCCCACACCCCAAACUCCAGCCCCCAACCCCAACCCCACCCAGCCUCAACCACCAACCCAGCCCCAACCCCAACCCCAACCCCAGCCCCAACCCCAACCCCGAGAGCUGCCACCCCCAGACUCCCGAGCGCCCCAACCCCAAACCCCGAACCCCAACCCCAACCCCAAAUAA